AUGCAACCAGAACUGGAGAAUAACGAGAAAUUAAAGUCUUCUCCACCGCCCGCGGGACAAAAGGGCGGCUGGGCCGGGCACGCAGCUCGGACCGCAGCAGGGCAGGGGGCAACCCCUUGCCCCCGCACCCCUCCGCGGCCGGGCCGGGCUGGGCUUCCCCGGUGCCGACGGGAGGAGCCGCCUUUUCCGCUGGGUGUCACUCUGGGGAGGGGAAGGCGCGUUCAAAAGCGGCGGGGAGGGAAAAGCCGCUGCCAGAGCCGUCCGCCGGGCAGCGCGUCCGCCACGCCGCGGCACGGGCGGCAGCCGCUCCGCUCCCUGCGGGCCGGGGCGCUCCCGGCCCUCCGGCGCGGCGCCGGCGCGGGGCGGCGGGUCAUCGGCUGGUGCCGGCUGCCCCCGGAGCACAGCCCCUGCGGGCGGAGGCCCUCGGCCCCGCCGGCUUAUGCGAGGAGGAUGCUGGAGAGCGGCUGCAAGGCGGUGAAGGAGGGCGUGCUGGAGAAGAGGAGCGACGGGCUCCUGCAGCUCUGGAAGAAGAAGCGCUGCAUCCUCACCGAGGAGGGGCUACUCCUCACCCCCCCCAAGCAGCAGCAGCAGCCGCCGCCGCAGCAGCAGCAACCGCAACAACAGCAACAACCGCCGCUGCCGGCCGAGCCGACGGCCAAGAUCAAGGAGCUGCACUUCUCCAACAUGAAGACGGUGGACUGCGUGGAGCGGAAAGGCAAGUACGUGUACUUCACGGUGGUGAUGGCCGAGGGGAAGGAGAUCGACUUUCGGUGCGCGCAGGAGCAGGGCUGGAACGCGGCGAUCACGCUGCAGAUGGUGCAGUACAAGAACCGCCAGGCCAUCCUCGCCGUCCGCUCCACCCGGCAGAAGCAGCAGCACCUGGCGCAGCCCCACGGACCGCGCCUCCGCAGCGCCUCCAACUCCGCCUAGACCAGGUGAAGUUAACGGAGCGCUUCGGGGAAGCGGGACUGAGCGCGUUCGCCGCGGCCGUACUUCAGGUGGUCAGAGACUGGGCACACGCCGGUGGUGCAGGUAGACUGGAGAGAGAUGAGGCUCAACACCUUGGACCCCAGCUGCUGCUGUGCUGCUGCUUUGCCGCCCUCGGUGCCCAGAAGCAUUUCAAAUCUAUUAUUUAUGAACCUUGGAAGGGAUCCUUCGGUGCGAUGGGAUUUCUAGGAGACAGGAUGUACUGUAACUUUAUUUUAAUGUAUUUUUAUUUUAUUUAUUAGGUUGUUUGGUUUUAUUUCUGUUUUUAUUUUGUUGUUAUUGUUGUUGUUUCUAAAGGCUUAUAUCUGCAAGACAUUUCUGAAUGUAGGCUGUAUCUGAAAAGCAAAGGAAAAAAACAAUGUGUACGUUAGCACCGUAAAAAGUUAUGGCUAGUUUGGCCAUGUGUAAUUUGACAAAAGUUUUUCAUUUUUACCUAAAAUCCACUGUAUUAUGCUAAGGUGGAAAAUAUGACAUGCGGUUUGGAAUUUGGCUGAAACCCACACUGCGUACAGAAAUUGUUUUCUGUAAUGCAAUUAGAGUCCGGGUUUAAAAUUAUUUUCUUUUAAAACACUAUGUGUUGCAGAAGAUAACAUUUAUUCAUGCUUGGUUAUUAAAGAAAAACCAUUGCUUGUCAUCCCGAGAUUAAAACCAAUCUGUUUAUAACGUAUGAGUGGACAGGAACCUGACCGUCUUCUUUUGUGGUACAGGAAUCCCAGUUGGAUUCCAGUUACCUGCUCCCUCCUAGGCAGGAGGGCAGGACCCAAGUGACAUUUAGGAAUGUUUCAUAGUGUCCAUGGCUCUCUUUGCACAGUCGGUGUGUAAGCGACCCAGGCUCUUGACCCGUGUUGAAUUUUCAUGGCGGUUUUUAAGUGUCUUGCAUUAAAGUAGCCCCUAGUUUAAACCCUAUUUUAUGUAUGCCUUAGUGUGCGAAUGGAUUCUUUAGGUCAUGGUUUUCACAAGCUGGAAGUUGCUCUGUAGCUGAGAUGAACCAGAUGAGUUGUGGUGUUUAGUGCUGUCAGAUGUCAAGAGAGGCAUGCAGUCUUGCCUCGGAAAGCAGUGACGAAGCCAUGAAGUUGGAAAACAAAGGGCUAAUUGCACAGCUGGUGUGGCUUCCUCCUAACAGUCACUGGGAGCUUGGCUGUGGUGCUGGUGAGACUGGGUUGGUGCUGUUUGCCCAGUGCAGAGGAAGGAACGGCUGCAGGUCUGUGUGUUCCAGGGCCUUCCAGGUGAUGGUGAGUGGCUUCAUGCUGCUGUGUGCUGCUACAGCCCUCGUCCUCAGGGGGUUGGAAACAGGACAGAUCAAUGUGGCCUAUUAUAUCUGGUUCAAGUUGUAGCCGUGGGGCUAUUUAUUUUAACUAGUGUGGUGAGGAAAAUGGCUUUUGGCUGCUUUACAAGUUACAUGAAUGUAAACAAAUUCUUCUGAAGCCACACAUCCAGGAGUUUUCUGUUUGUGUAACUGAGGUGUAACUUGACUGUAAAAGCCCCAUGUUCUUGGUUCAAGCUGUUUCUGUAAGUGUUUAAAGCAAAAGACUGGAGUGAUGCUCAAACGACAUUGGAAUUGACUACAGCACAUAACAGUCCCUUCUUCUCCACUCUAAGCGUAAGCUCAGACCUAUAAGGAGUAAGUCGGGAGCUCUUUUAGCUCUCCUCUUGUGUUCCUUGUCCCCACAUGACCUAGACAUGCAGAGCGCAUCAUAGUGCAGAAUUAAAGCCUGACCUUGGUGGUUCUCAGUGGUUGCUCCUAAGCUCUGGUUUUGAUACGGCCCACAACAAGGUUGUGUGAUGAGCUUGGGGUGGUAGAUUACAGCUGUGCUAACAAAGUUGUUAUUUUGAGACUAAUUGAAAUCGAAGGUGCCCCAGCAUCUUCUAGGAUUAGAUUUGCUGUCUUGGCAAUCAUAAUAGCCAAUUUCCACAUCUGCCAUUAUCAUUCUGCUAAUGCUUGGAUGUUAGAGCUGCAAGGGGAUUCUCUAAUGAGCUAGUCAAAGACUCACAAAAUAGACUGUAAUUUGUAAUUUGGCUCCUCUCUUUAGAGUCAUUAAUUACAGUUUGCUGAGUAACUAAUCCACCUUUUCAGAUACACAGAUGUAUUGCUGAUAUCUCACCUACUAAAAUGCAUUUUAGGCUACUGAAGGAUAAAUGUAGUUGAUGAAAAUUAGUUCCUAUGUGAUCAGAUGGACAUAUUUCUCUAAAAGAGGAGGGUAUUCCUGUCCUCAGUGGAUGCAAGGCCCUGAAUGCCACAAAAGUCUAUGGAUCUAGUCUAAAGCUGAAAUUUUACUGCUCUUCUGGAAGUAUUUGUACUUAGAAAGAUGACGAUUUUAGUGUUAUAACUGCCAUUAAGGUUUGAGGAAACAGCUUUCACUUUGAGUUUACUGCUCUCUUUCACUGGUUCAAGGUCAAUGUUCCACUUUUACUUUAUGUUUUGUAAGCUGGUCUGAAUGAUGCUGUCAAGACCACUUGGACUGACGUAGUUCAGCAGUAUUUUGCUGGAUGUCCUUACCUGCUGUGUUACCUAUUUAAAAAACAUUGGUGUCAGCCAAACUCUUACUGUGAGAGAUGGUCCUGUCACAAAAUCCACCUUGAACUGUUCCUAUGCCUGCAGCCCAAGUGGAGGGAUGGGUGUAAGGAUCAACCCACCCUACCUUGUGCCUCCACACUGUCUCCUGGAAACUGAAUGGGAAUAAAUUGGUUGGGGUCCCCUGGGGACAGCUGGAAUGUGUGGCUCAUGCUGUGUCUGUAUGAAGAAGGCUGAAUUGUCUGAUAUGGACAAUCUGACAACUCUAAAUCUCACCUUUUUUUUUUUUCUUUUUUCUUUUGACUGAUAGUAAUUUCAGACCACAAAAUUGAUGUUAUAAAUGAGGCAAGUUUGGGCUUUUUUUUUGGCUUGCCUCUCUACUGCAGCAUAGUUUUCAUUGGAGCUACUGGGUUAAAUACUGUAUGUUACUGCCUUGUAAGCAAUGGCUGUGAAAGUAGGUCCAGCAAAUCACACUCCAUCUUACUGGAGCUUUGCAAGUAAAGAAAUCAGGCUGUCCUCCACCUUGCAAAAAAAAAGAAAUGAAAAGGAAGAAAAAGCCAACAGCAGGUGAUAAAUUCAUUAGAGAAUAAACAAAAAUGCCAGCAAAACACGUGCAGGCAAAUGCUUGGUAUAAGGUAGCAAAAAAGUGUGGACAUUCAGCUCAUAAAGAGGUCAAAAUUACAUGUCUUAAUUAAAAACAAAGUGUUUAAGGGCAAACUCAAUAAGGAAAUUCAAGCUGUGGUGACCAGGAACAUUUAGGAACUGGGGGGAAAGGAAGAUCAAGUGGAUGUUGUCUCUGUGACAUCCUGAAGUGAUUCCUCUUUUUAGUUAAGUUUCAUGAUAUGCAAAUGCCAGCUUCUGAAUUAUAGCUGCAGUGAUGUACCAAAUGUUUUCUAGCACAUUCUAUUGUGAGCAGAAAUACCAGUGUUGUCAAAAAAAAAAGUGUGUAAAUAUGACUCAUAAAUGAUUUCUGAGAGAUGUGAUUUAUUUUUCAUAUUUUUCAAGAUGCAUUCCAUUUCAAAUAAAGAGGUAUCUAUUGAAAGA